AAACACAGGAAGUGAAUACUACGGGAGCCGCGGUGGCUCAGAAAGGCGCCGCCGGGGCUGGCACGCAUGAAUGGGAGCGGAGCUGGGGCGCGCCGGCCCAGGGGACCCGCCUUCAGCGAGGGCGCUGCCAUAGCAUGGAGGACGACGCGCCCGUGAUCUACGGCCUGGAGUUCCAGGCACGGGCCCUCACGCCUCAGACUGCGGAGACAGACGCCAUUCGGUUUUUGGUUGGGACGCAGUCUCUCAAGUAUGAUAAUCAGAUCCACGUCAUAGACUUUGACGACGAGAACAACAUUAUCAAUAAAAAUGUGCUCCUGCAUCAGGCGGGGGAGAUCUGGCACAUUAGUGCCAGCCCCGCAGACAAAGGCGUGCUGGCCACCUGCUACAACAAGACUGCAGACAGCAAAGUGGUGACCUGCGCCGCCGUGUGGAGGAUGCCCGCGGAGCUGGAGCCCGGCGGCCAGGAGUCCCCCGAGGACGCGACGAGCCCUGCACACGCCCUGGAGCUGCUCUGUCACCUGGAGCCCGCGGCCCGCGGCAGCACCGCCUGCGUCGCCUGGGAGCCCGCGGGAGACGGGAAGAGGGUCAUCUCGCUGGCCGACAACCACAUCCUGCUGUGGGACCUGCAGGAAAGCUCCAGCCAGGCCACGCUGGCCAGCUCAGCGUCGCUGGAAGGGAAAGGACAGCUGAAGUUCACGACGGGCCGCUGGAGCCCACAUCACAACUGCUCCCAGGUGGCCACGGCGAACGACACGGCCAUCCGCGGGUGGGACACGCGGACCAUGAGCCAGACCUACUGCAUCGAGAGCGCCCAUGGCCAGCUGGUGCGGGACCUGGACUUCAACCCCAACAAGCAGUACUGCCUGGCCAGCUGCGGGGAUGACUGCAAGGUGAGGUUCUGGGACACCCGCAACGUCGCCGAGCCCGUCAGGACCCUGGAGGAGCACUCCCACUGGGUGUGGAACGUCCGCUACAACCACUCGCACGACCAGCUGGUCCUCACGGGCAGCAGCGACAGUAGGGUCAUCCUUUCCAACAUGGUGUCCAUCUCCUCCGAGCCCUUUGGCCACCUGGUGGACGACGAUGACCUGAGUGACCAGGAGGAACGCCGUCUGGAGGAGAAGAGCAGACGGUCUGAACUUAGGAGAGGAGCCAGGUGGCCGCUCCUCCCUGAGACCCGCUUCCUGUCCAGCCAGCAGUGCCAGCAAACCAAAGACCAAUCCUGCGGAGGAGGCCAUUCGCCGUCCUGAAGAGGAAACCGUGAAAGCGAGGACACAGUCCAAUCCACUUGUUCUGAGCCAUGCGUGUUCACGUGUGCACUCUGUCCCCAAGGGAGCCCGGGAGAAGUGGGCGCUGUGGGCUCCCGGAGGACGCCGGGCCGGGGUCUGUGUGUGCCCGCAUCCGUCAGACACUCCAGCGAGGGCAUCCAGCGAGGGCACCGGCUGCCGCUGCGCCCUGGGCGGGCGUCUCCCUGAUCCCGCAGGAAGGCGCCCAGACACGGCUUUCUGACUUCAUGACCCGAGGCUGUCGGUCCAGGUCAGGCGGGGACGGGAGCUCUGCCCGCCCUGUGUUCGGUUCCUGGAGUGGCUGACUGGCUGGGCAGAGGCCACGUGCCCUCAGCUGUCCCCGAGUCGCCCAGCGUCUCCGCUGACCGUGGCCCAGCUCAGCCCAGACCGGCUCCAGGGCCACAGUCCAGCACCUUUCAUCAAGGAGUCAACCUCUGUUUCCAAUCAAUCAUGUCCAAGACCGCGGCCCAUGGACGGGCCCUUAUUUCCUCCCCUUGACUGAUGACAAUAGACAAUUGAUUUCCUGUCUAAAGCUGGGUACUUCAGCGAAAUUAAAAGAGUCAUAUCUCUAUGGAGAAUAAUAUUCUAAUCUCGCUCACUCCACUCACCAGCAGGAGGCCCGCAUUUCAUGUCUCUGGAAGCAGCCUUUCAUUUCCUGUCCGCUCAAACCCUGCUGCUCCUGGGACUGAGGUUGCGAUGCUCACCGCCGCUGUGUGUGACUCACACGACCUCCUCCCUGACCCACUCAACCCCUCCUCCGACCUCCCUGACCCACUGUCUGACCCGCGUGACCUCCCUCCCUGACCCAUAUAACCUCUUGACCUGCAUAACCUCCUUAUUGAGAAGAGUCAGCCUAGCGAUGCAGGUGGGUACUGGCCCAUUUUACAGAUGACGGGUUUCAAUAAAUUCACAGACUGGCUGGGCCAGGAUCUUCAAACAGUGGGCAGAAGGGGCAGGAGGGAACCUCGGUCUUCUUGUGCGAAUCCUUUGGCGGAGGGACCACACCUGUCCCCUCCCUCCUUCCUGCAUGCCUGUCCGGGGCUGCCUCCACCCUGGGGUCAGUCCUUGGCCCGGCCCAGCCCACAGUCCUGGUGGACGGCGUGGCACGGAGGACUGAACCCACCGCCCAUCCUCACGGCCUGACGGUCACGGAACUCCCACCAGACUCUGGCAGAGCUUUGCUUCCUUAUCUGAAAGGCGGGUGCGCGGCUCCUCUGGGGGAUGGUGUGACUUGCUAAUGUGCAUCUUCGGUCCUAGAGUGGGUCGUUCUGGGGGCCAGAAAAGCUGCUGCCCGGGCUGGGGAUGGCUGGGGAGACACGCAGGAGGGAGGUGUUGGGGAGCUGCACCUGAAACAGAUGACCCCCCCCCCUUCUCAUGUUCACCUGGGGAUGGCUGUCAUGUCAGUUGCGGCUGUUUGUUGAUUUUUAAAAUCCGUCACGUCUUUGCCGAGGGCACGGUGUCUCCAGGGGCCUGGAGUCGGCUUGACUUUGGGCUCGGCACCCCCCAGGGAUGAAUCUGAGAGCCUUCAAAUCAGCUGUCAGGCCGGGGGCUCCUCUGGAGGCUGGAUUCAUGCUGUGCCAUUUCUUCCUCUUCCUGCGGUGUCAGAAUUUAGUGCCUCGUAUUUCCUGCAAAUGGGAGCCGUGAGCUCCCAGUGUGGGGGGAUGCUGGGGGCGGGGAGUCCUUGCCGGUCCACGUCCAUCACAGCCUGGGGUGGGGUGCGGGCCGGAACUCCCCUGAACACAGCACUCAUGCUCCGGGGUCCAGGUAGACCUUGUGGUGCUAAAGAGGACAUGCGCUUCCUUAGAAAAUAUAUUUUUUUAAUGUGGAAAGAGGAUGACAUUUAUUGCAUAUAGUUUAGUUUUUCCAUUAUUGUUUUCUGAAGCUUCCCAUAGGCUAAAAGUGGAGGGCAGAGGAAUUCCUAACCUUAGGAUGGAGAUUGUUUCUGCCCUGAUGAGUUGAUCUUCGCUUUGGGUUUGUGGAGGGUCUGGAUCCUGUUGGGUUGACCCUGGAUGGAAACUGACCUCUCUCAGCCUUUCGAGGGCUGCUGAUUCGGAAAGCUGCCGCCUCUCCCGGUCUCCCGUCUUGCAUCUCACCCCCUCCCUGCCUGUCUCCGUCCCCCGCCUGAGGGCGUCAGCCUGAGCCCCGUCUGCUCCCGCGGUGGGGGUGCGUGUGAGCACGUGUGGGUCAUUCACUGUCCCCGCACUUAACUCACUUCCUCUAUUGCUUGUCUGUUUCACAUCAUGCACGCACUAUAGACCUCUCUGCACCAGAUGCCCUGGGGAGGCUUUCACUGUGGACGCUGCGCCCCUGGCUUCAGGGAUGAGGGAAGGGGUCACACAGGUGGCUCAGGGCCACCUCGACAGAGGUGGAGGCAGGUCCUGCCCGGCUGUCCAGGCGGCUGUCCGGGCUCCUGACUGACCUCCGUGGUGCCCGGGGCGUCACACCUGAUGCCGGCCCCCAGUGUGCUGACCACUGACAGCCGCUCUGAGCCCUGGGGCCCCAAGGAGCAGGGUCCUGGUGCCUCCAAGUCAUUGUCCUCCAUUCCCUUGCUUCUCCUCACUUGCCUUAUUCUUGGAGCCUUCAUGGACGGCUGACUCUACACAAACAGUUCCAUCGCAGUUUUCAUUGAGUUGCACCAAAGUCACGAGUCAGUUUGGUAAACGUGUGCAUAUUAAUACCGGUCUUCUGAUGUGGAAAGUGUGUUAACAGUUGCUCAAUUGUCUCUGACUCUCUGCGACCCCAUGGACUGUAACCCACCAGGCUCCUCUGCCCAUGGACUUCUCCAGGCACGAAUACUGGAGUGGGUUGCCAUGACCUCCUCCAGGAGAUCUUCCCAACCUAGGGAUGAAACCCGGUCUCCCCAUUGCGGGCAGAUUCUCCGUCUUCUGAGCCACGAGGCCUCCUCUGAUGUGGAAUACACUGUAUUUAUCCACUGGUCCAAACCUUUCUCUAUGUUACUCUGCCCCACAUACAUGUGGCUUUAAUCCUCUGAGCCCGAUGUGCAUUUUGUGAGGUUAGUUUCUGGAUAGUCAGCUUCACUACUGCCAAUAGGAUUCUUUUGCCAUUUGCCCAAACUACUCGGGCUGGCCGGUAGGAAAACUAUUGCUUUUUUAUGUUUGUAUUUAUGGAAUUUAAACAGUUAGUGCAUCUUUGGAUUUUUUUCGGGUAGACAAUCACAGCAUGUUUGAAUGAUGACAGUUUUUCCUCUCCCUUACCAAUUAAAAAAAGGCAGAAUUAUCUCUCUGUAGCUUUUCCUUCUUUUACAGUCUGUUUUCCCAUUCCUCAUUCUGUUGUGAGGCCACAGGACGUUGGCCACAGUCGGCAGCAACGUCUUCCUUGUGGGUUGAUGUUGAGUGUUGGCUGUUGGCUUUGCGGUUCGAGGAUGUUUUCUUAAUCUUGUCAGGAAAGCCUUACUCUUCCUUAGCCUAUUUGGACAUUUUUUUUUUAAAAGGUAGACUUAUCUGUCUUUGGCUGUGCCGGGUCUCGCGUGCCUCUCCAGGCUUUCUCUAGCUGUGUACAGAGUGUCUCCGAGUGUGAUGCACGGCUUCUCUCUGCGGCGGCUUCUCUUGCUGUGGACCCAAGGUGUACGGGCUUCGGUUGUUACUGCACGUGGCUCAGUAGGCAGUGGUCUGCGGGCUCCAGAGGGCUUCCUCAGUAGCUGUGACUCACCAGCUUAGUUGCUCCAAGGCCUGGGAGAUCUUCCCGGACUGAGGAUCAAACCGCUGUUCCCUGCAUCGCACGGGGGAAUCUUUAACCACCGGACCACCAGGAAAACUGUGAGUCGCUCAGUCGUGUCCGACUCUUUGCGACCCCAUGGACUGUAGCCCGCCAGGUUCCUCUGUCCAUGGGAUUCUCCAGGCAAGGACACGAGUGGGUAGCCAUGCCCUCCUCCAGAGGAGCCCGUAUCAAAACGCUUUAACGGAUGUAUUCCCCUGUCUAUUGACACAGUGGUGCCUCUCUCCUUUCCUUUGAUUUUGGGAUGAGUCAUCAGCUGGUAUGAAAGGCCCCCACUCCGGAUCCAUCCUUACUGUUUCACGUUCGUAGCAGGUGCAGUCUAGUUAACACACCACUAUUAACCGCUAUUAUUAACACCGCCGUUUCCUGUGUAGUUUUUGCAUCUGUCCUCCUAAAGGACACCUGCCUUGGGUCUCCUUUUCAGCCUGUCCUUGCUCGUGUCUCUAGGAUAUGCUGGCUUUGGGAAAUGAACCCCUGGGAAGUUCGCCAUCUUUCCAUGUUCUCUAGAAGCGUUUAUCCAGCAUGGAAACGAUCCGCUCCACAGCACUUGGGAAACCUCGCCCGUGAAAUGUCUGGGGCUGGUGCCUCGUAAGAGAUAAUUCUUGAACAACACUUUCAAUUUCAAACACAGCGUUUUGCUAUUGCUUAUUGAUUCAAUUAUGGUGACUCAUUUUCCUAGAAAAGAGAAAAGCAUAUAUUGUCUAAAUAUCAACAUUAAGAAUGGAACUUGUUUAUUGAUCUUGGCUCUCCAAAUUGGGCUUCCCUGGUGGUUCAGAUGGCAAAGAAUUCACCUGCAGUGCACGAGGCCUGGGUUCGAUUCCUGGGUCAGGAAGAUCCCCUGGAGAAGGAAAUGGCCACCCACUCCAGUAUUAUUGAUCUUGUAUAAAUCGAGGGAACUGGUGCAUUUAUUUUUUGACCUCUCCUUCUAGCUCCGAUGUGUUUCCCCUUUACAUUGUCACCAGGCUGUCAGCUUUUUACAUCAAAAGUUUUCCCUUUCAAGGAGAACACACAACAGGUGCAUCUAAUUUAUAACCAUGAUGCAGAGUUGUUUGGUGACGUGUGUGUGAAGCCAUCAUGUCACUUGCUCCAGCUCGCUCACCUCCAUGACCCCGUCUCCUUCUGUCUCCAGAAAGCUGCCCAGAUACCUGGUUCAGACAUGGCCCUCCCUUCCCGCGUUUUAGCUCUAGUGUGGAUUCAGGAGCUUCAGUGAGUUCUUGCUUUCAUGCAAUAGAAUUUUGGGAGUGGACAAGGAAAAUGCACGUGCCAGUUGGACCGUUUUGAAAGAAGAGUUCAGUGGGACAAGUGUUAUUGGGGAAGAUGGAGAAAGAGGUGUUUGGAGAGCAGGGAACGGCUUGGACUGUGAUGCUGGCUGUGAUGGCCGCCCCGCAGAGUGCAUCAUGUCCUUUGGGGGCAGGAGGUCAGAGGGCCCUGCACGGAGGGAAGGGUCAGCUCCUGUCCUGGACCCAGCUGGGUUUGCCGGCUUUCUUGUUUCUCUCAUACCCCUUCCCCCAUUUCACAUCUGGAAGAUUUUGUCCUCUGCUUACCUGGAAGAAAGUGGGUCCCAGCUACCAUGGGCCCUCACAUCUUCCUUGGAAAAUAUGGGGGGUAAAUUAGUUAAUUAUUGUUUUCGAAUUGAUGUGCUAGUCAGGCUUCUGAUUUAUAAUUUAAUUGUGCUGCUGUAGGUAGCUUCCAAUUUUUCACUGGAUCCAUUUGAAUAAACUUUGUGUUGUAUCUCAGUAUUAGCCAAAGGAAGAUUAAAAAGUAAGCUGGAGAGUUUAGUAGCUUUGUAACAAUAGCAUAAAAUGUGGAAUAAUGAACUGUAAAUGUGUCUAAUUACAUAAAUAAUGCAUUUGUGUAAUUGUCAAGUAAGGGGGUGUGCUAAUGAAUCAAUUAUUUUUAAUUGUAGGAUGCUUGAUUGUUUCAGAAAUAUAAUUGAUUGUAAUCAAGAAUCAAUUAAAUGUUGAUAGUAAUUAUGUUUAUCAAGCUUAAAUACAUGACAUCAUUACACUGUAACUGCUUCAGGAAGAAGAAACUAGGAUGAGGUUAUUAUAAGUGAAGGAGGAAUAGCUUAUAUUUAUGCCGGCAGCUCGGCAGUGGUGGGUGCACCAUAAUGAGGUAGAAAGAGACGCUCUUCAAGGCUUAUCAGUCAAGGCUGAUGGAGGCGAACUGCUCCAGCUGUGAGCUCAUCACAGCCCAGAGCCGGGCGAGCAGCUUUCUGCCUGGGGGCAGCCCUUGGAGGUGAGGACCACAGGUGCACCGCGGGCACGGCCCUCAGCCCGUGUGGCCCCUGGUGAACCCCACGAUCCCAGGAGUAUCUGGGCUCUGUGGAGUGGGUGGCGUCUGUCUCGGGUGCCCUGUUUGACUCACGACGCUCAGCGCUGGCGAGGUCACUUCCGGGGGAUCAGGCAGCAGGGGACGCACGUAGCCAUGUGAGGAGGUGUUGAAACACGUGCGUGUGUGUGACCCCAGCACCUGGGCACAGGAGGGAAUUUACAGAACCAGUCACGAGUCAUCAGGUCGUCAGGGUGUUGCUGGGGGCGGCUCCUUUGUCCUCAGUCUGACGCUUGACUUCCCCAGGCUCCUCGCCUCCUUCAUUAUUCCUGCUCUGUGCCCAGAGGUGUGCCCAAGGUUCAGCUUCUGUCGUCUCACAAGCGAGGGUGGGCCUUUCCCUCGUGAGUUCGCCGUGCAGAGAGCGAAGCAGGUAACGAGCAAUGGCUCGCGGUGACCGGGUCCAGGGGGGGCUGGCAGGGCCGCCCGUCCCGCUGGCACGGGUGCUGAGUGCUGGAGCAGGGGGCGGCUGAGCCGGUCUCCCCACCACCGUGCUGCUUGGGGUCCUCUCUGGCCUGAUGUUGGAGCCCCGCAUGGGCUCUGCGUGCCCUUGGCAGUUCUGCCCGCUGGGCUGGGCUGGAUUAGUGCUGCUCCCCCGGGAGCACACGUCCCUCAGUGCUGGGAAACUUCCUUGCAUUAAUUCUUUGAUAAUUUCCUUCUCUGCUUUUCUCUCUUUCCUGUGCUGCUACUUUUUUUUUUCUCCUGAUAGUGAAUCUCCUGAACCGUUGCUGUACUUUUCUUGUAUUUUAAUUCUGAUUUUCCACCUUUUUUGUGUUGUUCUGCUUUGUAUUCCAAACUUAUUAUUGUAUUUUCAACGUUUGCUAUUCUGCUUUUUAAUUUCCAAGAGUUGUUUUCCUUCUGUGAGGUGAGCAGAAGUAACACAGCUUAGAUUAGGAGUAGACCUUCCCACUUGGUACCACUGUUUGCCAGUUAGGACCAGUUAGCUUUCACUUAACACUGACCGCUGUUUGCCAAUUAGGAAAUUAGGAACGGGGCGGAAACCCCCAGGAAAGUCCCGCGCGUGCGAAAGUAUUGACCAAUGAAAUUGCUUUGCAAAUGUGUAACCAAUCCGCUUCUCACCCUAUAAAUUUGUGUAACAGCUUGGGCUCGGGGCUCUCUGACUCGCACCACUGCGUUGGUUGCGGGCGGAGAGUCCUGGCUUGAGUCAGUAAUAAACUUCCCUUCCUGCGA